AUGAAGAAGUCUAAUGCAACACGGUCUGAUCUGUAUCACAAAACUACCAUAGAUGCAACAAGGGUUGCGUCUACAACAAUUUCCCGCGUCGCUGUGAAAAGAACAUUGGAUGAGUUGAAUGAUUCCAAAGAAUCACGGGAAACACCAUCUCCCGCUUAUCAUCCCCAUAUCGAAACUGACCUCACUAGGCAGGGGGAUUUUAAGCGCCCAAAUCUCAAAAAUAUAAAUCCGGGUGCUUUAAAAGCAAGUGAAAUUGAUAAUGUUACUGUCCAGAAUUAUUCCGAGUACUCACAAAGAAGGCAACUGGCUUUGACGCCAACCCCUACACUGAAUCCCUUGCUUGAUCUAUCACACCCUGCAUAUCAAUUACCAAAUCAACUAGUCGAAAAUUUUGCUGCCCUGGGAAUCAAAUCUAUAUACCCAUGGCAAUCCGAAUGUCUCCUUCGUAGUGGUACCCUUGCUGGACAACGCAAUUUGGUCUAUACUGCUCCUACGGGGGCGGGAAAUGUCCUCAUGCUCAAGAAGAUUAUACAAAACCCGGAGAAGAAAGCUCUGUUGGUGUUGCCUUACGUUGCAUUGGUUCAAGAGAAACUUCGAUGGCUCCGAAGAAUUGUCCAGGGGAUCUGCAAAGAGACCUCUGUGCGGGAAUCAAAAUGGCCAUCCAUGUGGCGAAACCGAGGGGAUGAAAACUCCAUUAGGGUUACAGGUUUCUAUGGUGGCAGCAAGUCAAACGCAGCAUGGGCGGAUAUGGACAUUGCUGUGUGCACCAUUGAGAAGGCAAACUCGCUCGUCAACGCGGCCAUUGAUGACUGCUUCAUCGGAAAUCUUGGUGUUGUAGUCAUGGACGAGAUACAUUUCAUAAAUGAUGAAAGCCGUGGAUACAUACUGGAGUUAAUGGCUACAAAACUUCUUAGCCUAGAACAAGGCGUACAGAUCGUCGGUAUGAGCGCAACGCUCGACAAUGCAGACUUGCUCGCUAAAUGGCUCAAUAACGCCAAAUUUUACAUUUCCAACUACAGGGCUGUUCCUGUAGAAGAGCAUCUGGUCUUUGAAAAUGCUGUAUAUCCGGCUUCCAGUUCGAACAGAUUUUACAAGACAGCUUCGCAACUGAAUUCUCAGAACUCAGACAACUCGACACAGGCGCUUCCGGAUCCCCAUAGGCGAAUACAGACUUCACAGCACAAAGAGCUUAGCAAUCCCUUGAUAAACUCCGUCGUUGCUUUAGCCAAUGAAACCGCCAGAAGUGGCUACGGUGUGCUAGUAUUUUGCAGCAGUCGACUGGGUUGUGAAAGGGAUGCACUUCUGAUAAGCCAAGUGCUCCCUUCGAUGGAUGCUAUUGACCCGCUCUUGAUGAACAAACGACGCGAUCUUUUAAAUGACUUAAGGGACACAAGUAGUGGUCUUGAUCAAGUCCUUGAAAAGACGAUCUUAAUGGGCGUGGCCUUUCAUCAUGCUGGUCUGACUACAGAGGAGCGCGACUUGGUUGCAGCUGCCUACGAUGAAGGCGUAUUGAAAGUCAUGGUAGCGACCUGCAGUCUUGCGGCCGGCAUCAAUCUUCCCGCCCGGCGGGUGAUAUUGCAUGGGGCUAGAAUGGGAUCUGAUCUAGUCGGUCCUUCAAUGCUUCGACAGAUGAGAGGUAGAGCUGGACGUAAAGGGAAGGAUGAAAUUGGCGAGACAUAUCUCUGUUGUCAAAAGUCUGACCUCGAGGCCGUCGCGGAGCUUAUGGAAGCCGAAAUACCUUCAGUGGAGAGCUGCCUCGUGCCAGGCAAGCGAGGUAUAAAACGGGCUUUACUUGAAGUAAUAACUACAAAGUUAGCUACAAGCAGCGAAUCGAUCGACGACUACGUGAAAAAAACUCUCCUAUGUCAUACGAUUGAUCAAGAAGAGUUAAAAUCCAUGGUUGAAAUAACCCUUAAAGAUUUACUCGAAAGUAAACUCGUAGAACAGACCAAAUCCUAUUCAUACGAAGCUACACGUCUGGGUCAAGCUGUUGUGGCUUCUUCUCUCGCUCCCGAGGAUGGCUUGUUCGUCCAUAAAGAAUUACGGAGAUCUCUUGAAGCCUUUGUACUAGAUGGCGAAAUGCAUGUGCUUUACACCUUCACACCCGUUCAGACUAUGCAGGGCAAUAUCAACUGGCAAAUCUUCCGUAAGGAAGUUGAUAUGCUUGAUGAAAGUAACUUAAGGGUUCUUGGUUUCGUUGGACUUAAGCCGUCAUUGAUCAAUAAAAUGGCACAAGGGGGAUCGAUGAGAGAGUCCACACUGGAAGAAAUCGAGAUAGCGAGGGUAUACAAGAGAUUUUAUACCGCUCUACAACUGCGAGAUCUUUGUAACGAAAUGCCAGUUCAUGCCGUUGCUCGCAAAUACGACUUGCCACGAGGAAUUAUACAGAAUUUGGCGCAAACGUGUCAUGGCUUUGCUGCAGGAAUGAUAAAGUUCUGUGAGAAGAUGGAUUGGGGAGCACUAGCUGCGGUGCUUGAUCACUUCUCCGAUCGUCUAAAAGCUGGCGCUAAGUCCGACCUACUCGCUCUAACGGAAAUCACAUUCAUCAAAAGUCGAACAGCAAGGAUCUUCUGGGACAACGGCUAUAAAACAGUUGGGGCGGUUGCAGGUGCAGACUUGAAGGAACUAAUACCAGUACUUCUGAUGGCCCAGCCGAAAAAGUUGCGGCUGGCGUCCGAUGAUGAGAAAAAGUACCAUGCAAAACUUCUUGCGAAAGCGACAAAGAUUGUUGAGUCAGCGAAUCGAAUAUGGGAACGGCAGAUGCAGCAGGAGAUCUAUGAAGAAGAUUAA